AUGCGGGUCGCGGUCGCAGCGGCCCGGCGGUGGUACCGCGGUGCCGACGAAAAGGUUAGAUGCGCGUCGGUUUCCGGAAAGGGAUAAUCUCCGCUCCGGACGGAACUCCGCCGCACGCGACGCCGUUACAGUAAUACGUGCCCGCCGCGGGGUGUGCGAAAUAUAUUAUACCGCGCGCCGUCAGAACGGGACCGGCCCGGCUCCGAAUCCGGCGCAUUCGACGUAAUCGGCGGUAACCGUGCAGAAUCGCAAACACGUUCUCUGCGAUCCGAACUCUCGAGCAGUUAAAUAUCUUGGACUAACUGUAGAUCGCAGAUUAACCCGGGCCCACCAUAUUAAGUCUAAACGAAUAAACUUAAACUCUCGUGUACGCCUUCUUAAAACAUUUAUUAACAAUAACAAAUUCACUGAUAUCAACACAAAACCGCUCGUAUAUAAAUCUUUAAUCGAACCAGUAUGGACCUACGGCAUCCAGCUAUGGGGUAAUGCUAAAAAAUCGGACCUCAACCAAAUUCAAACCUUCCAAAACUCAACCCUCAGGAAACUACUCAAUGCUCCACCUUACGUCUCGAACUGCACUAUCCACUCAGACUUAAAUAUGAAAGCUGUCCAGGAAGAAGCUAAAGCACACUAUAAGCGCUUUCAUAACCGUCUGUCCUCCAACUGUAAUCCACUAAUCCGCGAUCUCGCAGUCCCGACCAUUCCUGGCAAUCAUCCUAGGCGUCUCAAACGCAAAUGGUGUCGUGAACUUCUCAUCCCCCCCCCAUCUGAAUUUAAAACAUAA